AUGCGAUUCCGGAUUAUUGUUUUACUUCCGUUUUUCGCGUCGGCUCUCUGUAGAAAGAUCCAGAGCAAUGAGGUGGUUUCGCUGGAGAAGGAGGGAUCGGAUCGGGCCCCUGAAAAGCCUGCUGCAAGCCUGGAAAUCGAAGAAGCCACCCUAAAACCGGAAAAACAGGUGCACCCACAUUGGCGGGAAGUCAACGCCGUGGUGGAAGAGAUGACCAGCGCCGAGAUCAAAGAUAAAGAAAAGGAAAAUACAAGGGAAACGAAGAAAGAAAAAGAAAGCACAUCUGAAGACCUCAAAUCCGUAGCCAAUAUUACGAAAAGCAGCCGCUACCAUGGAAAACCACCAGAGAUCAAGACCAUCUACGAUCUGGCUGUGGAGGAUUUAUUGGCUCAAGCUCGCGUCUUCUUCAGCGACUCCAAUGUGAAGCUCCAGGAAAAGGUUCGUCACGUCUAUGAAGAUGCGCUGAACCUAAUGGCCGAGCUGAGGAUCCUGGUACUCGAUAAGGAUAUUCAAGAUCAGGAGAGACACUGGGAGGCCAAGCACCUACUCCUGAUGGCUGGUAGAGAAACUUCAGCAUUGGUCCGCUUCUUCUUAAAACUGUUCACCACCGUCGACCCACGAUCACAGAAAGUGGCUGAAGUCGAAGCUGUCGAGGCCACGACUUCGAGCACGACGACCUUCCGACCGAAAGGCUGGCGCCAGCGGUUGGCUGAAAAACGAAGAAUUGGCAGCAAGGGCAAGAAAAUUGGGAAAACGGCUCGAACCUAUUUUACGAACGUACUG